UCCCUUGCUCUUCCUCCUGCCUUCGCCCAGGCCAGCUAGAGCACAUAAAAAAAUUGCAGAAAAGAAUCCCACUAUCUCAUGACAUAUGGAGGAGGAGACUAGAGAAGGGGGGAGCAAUUCCACUCGGGCCAUCCACAGGGCAUUCCUCCUCCCUCGCCUCGCCCGUCCCAUCCAGUAGUAGGCUCCUCCUCAUCUUCUUCCUCCUGCUCCUGAGCUCGUCUUCUCCCUCGCUCGAUCGGCCCUCGUUCGCGCGCAGGGAGAAGGGAGAAUCGCUGGCGAGGAGCGCAAUUGGGAUCCUUGCAUGCAUGGAUGCGGCGCAGUGGCACCAGGGCCUAGGGCUAGGGAAGCCCAUGGAGGAGAUGCUCAUGGCUGGAAACACAAAUCCUAACCAGCAUCCGAAUCCCCCGCCGGCCACGCCCUCGGCGGCACCCGGCGCCCAGAGGCCUCCUGGCGCUCCGGCAGCAGCCGCGGCAGCGCCCGGCGCUGGCGCGGCCGCGGGGGCCGGCGCCGGCGCCGGCACAGAGCGGCGGGCGCGGCCGCAGAAGGAGAAGGCGCUCAACUGCCCGCGGUGCAACUCCACCAACACCAAGUUCUGCUACUACAACAACUACAGUCUGCAGCAGCCGCGCUACUUCUGCAAGACGUGCCGCCGCUACUGGACCGAGGGCGGCUCGCUCCGCAACGUCCCGGUGGGCGGCGGCUCCAGGAAGAACAAGCGCUCCUCCUCGGCCAUGUCGUCCGCGGCCGCGGCCGCCGCCUCUACCUCCGCGGCGGUGUCCGGCACGAUCCCCGUGGGGUUCGCGGCCAAGAACCCCAAGCUGAUGCACGAGGGCGCGCACGACCUCAACCUGGCGUUCCCGCACCACAACGGCCGCGGCCUGCAGCCGCCCGAGUUCGCGGCGUUCCCGAGCCUGGAGAGCAGCAGCGUGUGCAACCCCGGAGCGACCAUGGCGGGCAACGGCGGCGGCGCCGCUGGCAGGGGCAUUGGCGCGCUCUCGGCGAUGGAGCUGCUGAGGAGCACCGGCUGCUACGUCCCGCUGCAGCACGUGCAGCUAGGGAUGCCGGCCGAGUACGCGGCCGCGGGCUUCGCUCUCGGCGACUUCCGCAUGCCCCCGCCGCCGCAGUCUCAGAGCCUGCUCGGAUUCUCGCUGGACACGCACGGCACGGGGGCCGGGGGUUACAGCGCCGGGCUGCAGGAGGGCGCGGCCGGCAGGUUGCUCUUCCCCUUCGAGGAUUUGAAGCCGGCGGUGACCGCAGCCGGGGCCGCGAACAACAAUGGCGCCGAUCAGUACGAGCACAGCAAAGAUCAAGCAGGCGACGGCAGCGGGGCCAGCGGCGUCACCGGCGGCCACGAGACUGCAGGAUUCUGGAGCAAUAGCAUCCUCGGGAACGGCAGCAGCAAUGGCGGCGGCGGCGGGCCUUGGUAAAGGCGGCGCGCCAUGCAUGGCUCAUGCACGCGCCGUUGUCAGCAUGUGGAGAUAUAUAGGGAUAGAGACAGAGAAGACAAGGAUCGGAGUUAAUAAGAGGUGGAGGUGAUUAGUGUUCACAUAUGGCGUUUGAUCUCUCUGGUUGUUUGGUUUCUUUUCUUUUUUUCGGUUUCAUGGUGUUGUUCAUGCGUGUGGCGAUCGACUUGGGGGCUAACACAGCAGGAUAUACAGAUUAUUAAGGGUGGUGAACCGGUGAUUUACAGCUUCUCUCCUAGACGAUCUAUCAUUCCUGAUCGUGUAAUCCAAGGAGCAAGCUGCGUUAAUCAUGUGUCAAUGUUGUGCAUGUAGUGAGCAGCCUUUUACUACAUUGGUCGAAGUUAAAAAGCACAUGUACGGAUCUCGUAGAGGUUUGCGUGCGUGUUGCUGUGCUUUUAAAGCUUGCUUGAUAACACACAAUCUGGUUAGUCGUGUGUAUUAUUCCAGAUCGAUUGUAUUGGUUAAAA